UGGCCCCCUCUUGUUACAAAUGGUUGAGGAUAUGAAAGUUGAGUUAGAAGACCACCGACAGUCUUGGAGCCAAAAAGGUUGCACCAUCAUGACAGAUGGUUGGACGGAUAGGAGGAAUAGAACACUCCUAAAUUUUCUUGUUUCCUGCGGAGGAUCCACCAUGUUCUUGGAAUCUAUUGAUGCUUCCUCACAUGUGAAAAAUGCCACAUACUUAUGUGAGGCUAUUGAGGAAGUCAUACAAGAGGUGGGGGAAGAAAAUGUGGUGCAGGUGGUGACAGAUAAUGCAGCAAGUUAUGUUGCUGCAAGUAAACUUUUGAUGGAGAGGCACCCAAAAAUUUUUUGGUCUCCUUGUGCGGCUCAUUGCCUUGACCUCAUGUUGGAGGAUAUUGGUAAGCUUGAAUGGGUGAAAUCAAUAGUUGAAAGGGCCAAAAAUAUCAGCAAGUUUAUCUACAAUCAUGCAUUGGUCCUUAGCAUUAUGAGGCAAUACACGGGGCAAAAGGAGUUGUUUCGUCCUGGUAUCACGAGGUUUGCCUCAAACUUCCUCACACUGAAAUCCUUGAUAAAAUCAAAGGCGGCUUUGAGGCGUAUGUUUGUUGGUGAGGAGUGGACUUCCUCAUCCUAUGCUACGACCACUGCAGGGAUAGAUGUGGUAAAUUGCAUUUUUGAUGAGCCAGGUUUUUGGACCCCCUGUGGAGAAAUCGUGCAGGUCACUGAGCCCCUCGUAGUUCUCCUACGAGGAGUUGAUGGGGAGAAGCCCUCUAUGGGCUAUAUAUAUAUGAGGGUAUGGAUAGGGCCAAGGAGGCCAUUAGGUCCAUAUAUGCAGGAGAUGAGGAUAAGUAUGGCCCCAUUUGGGAGAUUAUUGAUAGGAGAUGGCAGAACCAGCUUCACAGGCCCAUCCAUGCAGCAGCCUAUUACCUCAAUCCGGCAUUUCGAUUCUGUGAUGACUUCAAGGCAGAUGAGGAGCUUCUUAGUGGCUUGUAUACAGUGGUUCAAAAGUUGUGUACUGAUGGCACACCCUCAAGUACAACGCUCCAGCUGGAUAAAUAUAAUAAUCGAGAAGGGGCAAUCUUCGCAAGUAGCAUGUGCAUAGAGGCUCGAACACAAUUGCAGCCAGAGAUGGUGGCAAAUGUUUGGGCCCUCAACCCCAAACCUUCAAAAAAUUGCCAUCCGUAUUUUGAGCCAGCCAUGCAGCGCUUCUGGAUGUGAGCGCAAUUGGUCCAUGUUCGAGCACAUCCACUCGAAGAGGCGUAAUAGAUUGUCUGUGGAGAGGUUGAAUGAUCUUGUUUUUGUUCAUUACAACCUCCGUCUUAGGACCAAACAGAUUUUGGACACUGACUCCUCUCCGAUCACUUUAGCGGAGAUCGAUCCAGAGUCUGAGUGGAUCACUGAGUCUAUUGAUCCCGUCUUCAUUGAGGAGGACCAUGAGUGGGUUGACCAGGCAGACAGAGAGGCUGAGGCUAUGGCUAUGGCAGAGGAGGAGGAUAGAGCACGAUCCGGCACAGGCACCUCACAGGUGGAGACUAUGGCUUCUCAGUCAUCCAAGACCUACCUUAGAUGCAUUUGUAGGAGGCAGAUAGACUACUCUGAGGCUGAGGAUGAGUUAGAGCCUGAGCCAUAGACUUGUUUUUGUUUAUAGUUAUAUAUAUGUUUGGGAACAUUUGAUGUCAUGGAUUUUAUAUACAUUUGACAACAUUUAUAACUCUAUAUAUCUAUGUUUUCUAUUUCUUUUAGCUACAAUUUACAUUUCUACGCAUGUGAUGGAUGUAUG